GCCGGUCGGACCUCGGCGCUGCUGCUCUUGGUGCUCCUGUAGCCGUCGUCCCUGUCUGGCUGGUUUAGACUGCCGAGCGGACGAGACGCUGGCCACAGCACCUUAGCAUCCGACGCAGCUCCGCGCGGGCUCUGCGGGAGGGUGGGCGAACGCGUGUCUGAGGGUGCCGCGCGGGCGGGCGGGCGCGGGUGAGGGAAAGAGGCGGGGGCGGCGGGUCAGCCGCGGGCCGGGCCGGCCGGGGGAUGUCGAUGCCUGACGCGAUGCCGCUGCCCGGGGUCGGGGAGGAGCUGAAGCAGGCCAAGGAGAUUGAGGACGCUGAGAAGUACUCCUUCAUGGCCACCGUCACCAAGGCGCCCAAGAAGCAAAUCCAGUUUGCUGAUGACAUGCAGGAGUUCACCAAAUUCCCCACCAAGACAGGCCGCCGAUCUUUGUCUCGCUCCAUCUCCCAGUCUUCCACGGACAGCUACAGUUCAGCCGCAUCCUACACAGAUAGCUCUGAUGAUGAGGUUUCCCCCCGAGAGAAACAGCAGACCAACUCCAAGGGCAGCAGCAAUUUCUGUGUGAAGAACAUCAAGCAGGCAGAAUUUGGACGCCGGGAGAUUGAGAUUGCAGAGCAAGACAUGUCUGCUCUGAUUUCACUCAGGAAACGUGCUCAGGGGGAGAAGCCCUUGGCUGGUGCUAAAAUAGUGGGCUGUACACACAUCACAGCCCAGACAGCGGUGUUGAUUGAGACACUCUGUGCCCUGGGGGCUCAGUGCCGCUGGUCUGCUUGCAACAUCUAUUCCACUCAGAACGAAGUGGCUGCGGCCCUGGCCGAGGCUGGAGUUGCAGUGUUUGCCUGGAAGGGCGAGUCAGAAGAUGACUUCUGGUGGUGUAUUGACCGCUGUGUGAACAUGGAUGGUUGGCAAGCUAACAUGAUCCUGGAUGAUGGGGGAGACUUAACCCACUGGGUUUAUAAGAAGUAUCCAAACGUGUUUAAGAAGAUCCGAGGCAUUGUGGAAGAGAGCGUGACUGGUGUUCACAGGCUGUAUCAGCUCUCCAAAGCUGGGAAGCUCUGUGUUCCGGCCAUGAAUGUCAAUGACUCUGUGACCAAACAGAAGUUUGAUAACUUGUACUGCUGCCGAGAGUCCAUUUUGGACGGCCUGAAGAGGACCACAGAUGUGAUGUUUGGUGGGAAACAAGUGGUGGUGUGUGGCUAUGGUGAGGUGGGAAAGGGCUGCUGUGCUGCUCUCAAGGCCCUUGGAGCAAUUGUCUACAUCACAGAAAUCGACCCCAUCUGUGCUCUGCAGGCCUGCAUGGAUGGGUUCAGGGUGGUAAAGCUAAAUGAAGUCAUCCGGCAAGUUGAUGUCGUAAUAACUUGCACGGGAAAUAAGAAUGUAGUGACACGGGAGCAUUUGGACCGCAUGAAAAACAGCUGUAUCGUAUGCAAUAUGGGCCACUCCAACACAGAAAUUGAUGUGACCAGCCUGCGUACUCCAGAGCUGACAUGGGAGCGCGUGCGCUCUCAGGUGGACCAUGUCAUCUGGCCAGAUGGCAAACGCGUUGUCCUCCUGGCAGAGGGUCGUCUUCUCAACCUGAGCUGCUCCACAGUUCCCACCUUUGUUCUGUCCAUCACAGCUACAACACAGGCUUUGGCACUGAUAGAGCUGUAUAAUGCACCUGAGGGACGAUACAAACAAGAUGUAUACCUGCUUCCUAAGAAAAUGGAUGAGUACGUUGCCAGCUUGCACCUGCCAUCAUUUGAUGCCCACCUGACAGAGCUGACAGAUGACCAAGCAAAAUAUCUGGGACUCAACAAAAAUGGGCCAUUCAAACCCAAUUAUUACAGAUACUGAUGGACCAUAUUACCAAGGACCAGUCCACGUGUCCCACACAACUCUAAAAGAAAUAUUUUUUAAGAUAAUGUUUAUUUUCUUCUUAUUCCUUUCCUGUUGAUUUUUUUUUUUUUUUUUCUGUAAUUUCAUUUUCGUUUUCUUCAUCUCAUUGUCCAAGUUCUGCAGACCACACAGGAACUUGCUUCAUGGCUCUUUAGAUGAAACUGAGGUUCAAGGUUCCUCACCCUAGUCACUAAAGAAGGAUUUUACUCUCCCAGCCCAGAAAGGUGAUUCUUUCUUUCCCAUUUCUGGGGACUUUAGUCUUAAUUGGGUACCUUAUUAACAGGAAAUGCUAAGGUACCUUCUUUGUUGAACAAUCUGCAAUGUCUAAAUUGCCUUAAAAGAGCCCAUUUCUUAGCUGCUGAAAUCAGUGCUCUUUCACUUUGUCAGAGGAGCAGGGAUGGCACCCACUAGCCAGGUAGGUUAGAUGUUAGGUGGCGCAUGCUCAUUUCUCCAGGUGUUCCAAGCCCUGUUUCCUGUGUGCAGGCGGUGUGUCUGGUUCAGAGAUGUGUACUGUUAAGAUCCAGUUGGUCCACUUGGAUUUAGUACAACCCUUCCUCCACUCCCACCAGACCUUCUCAUUUUUCAAGUUUUUAACCAGACUGCACUCUAUUAAGUUUAAUUUUGUCCCCUAGCAUUGAUUUCUGUUGUACAAAAAAAAAAAAAAAAAAAA